AUGAAAAUGGGAUUUGCAAACAACAUAGGGAAGUAUCAUCUUGGCAGAACAAUUGGAGAAGGAACAUUUGCCAAGGUUAAACUAGCUGUAGAUAGCAUCACUGCACAUUAUGUUGCAAUCAAGAUCAUUGAUAAGCACAUGGCUGUAGAAAGCAAUCUCAAGUCCCAGGUACAAAGGGAAAUCAGAAACAUGAAGCUCCUGAAUCACCCUAAUAUUGUUAGGAUACACGAGGUUAUUGGCACAAAGACGAAAAUCUAUAUUGUAAUGGAAUAUGUGUCAGGAGGACAACUAUCGGACAAGUUGUCAUAUUCCAAGAAGCUGAAUGAAUCAGAGGCAAGAAAGAUGUUCCAGCAAUUGAUAGAUGCAGUUGACUAUUGUCACAACAGAGGAGUUUAUCACAGAGACCUAAAGCCAGAAAACUUGCUCUUGGACAAUCACGGAAGACUGAAAGUAUCAGACUUUGGAUUAAGUGCAUUGCACAAGCAUGGUGAUAUUCUAACUACAGCCUGUGGCUCUCCCUGCUAUGUAGCACCUGAGCUUCUGACAAAUAAGGGUUAUGAUGGAGCAGCCGCAGAUGUUUGGUCAUGCGGAGUAAUCCUUUUUGAACUACUUGCUGGCUAUCUACCUUUUGAUGAUUGUAACCUUAUUCAGCUAUAUAAGAAGAUAUCUCAAGCAGAAUAUACAUGUCCACCAUGGUUUACUAGAAGGCAGAAGAAGCUAAUAUCAAGGAUACUUGAUCCAAAUCCCAAAACGAGAAUAACGAUACCAGAGAUUAUGGAAGAUUCAUGGUUUCAGAUGGAUUAUAUGCCUGCUUGUGGAUAUGAAAGUGAUGACAAGAUCUGCCUGAACGAUGUAAAUGCUGCUUUUGAUGUAAUUCAGGACGAAGCUGCAGAAACAAAAAUGCCCAAAUCCUCAAGUUUCAUAAAUGCAUUCCAAUUAAUAGCAAUGUCGCAUGACCUUGAUUUAUCAGGUCUAUUUGAAGAACAGGAAGAUAAGAAGCAGAGAACAAGACUAGGAUCCAAGCAUACAGUGAAUGAAACCAUAAAGAAAAUAGAAGCUGUUGCAAUGGAUGCAAGUCUGUCAGUUGAGAGGAUGAACAACUUCAAGAUGACGAUGCAUAAACAAAAGAUGACUAGAUGCAGCAGGUCAUGUUAUGACCUAUCAGCAGAGGUAAUUGAAGUUGCUCCCACCAAUUGUGUUGUAGAAAUAUCAAAAUCAGCAGCAGAGCUAAGAAUGUAUACAGAGUUCUGCAAGAGCUUAUCAAGUUUACUAACAGAGAAUUCAAGUGCAUCAUUGCAAAAGCAAGAGUUGAAAGAUAUAGGAAUUACAAGCAGAAAAACCCAAGAAAUAGGAAGUUCUGAAAAGAAAAACAGCAGAGUAAAUAUUCACCUGCGAGGUUAUUCAUCCUCUUGAAGCUCAUCUUCCCUCAACUCCAUAUUGCAUACCAGGUUCCUAAAGGGUGUGCUAAAGGGGAAACAAGCACAUUGCGCUUAAAGAGACACUUGAGGUGCAGAACCAACCACAGUGGAAUGGUAAGAAUUUGCAGAAUAAUAAGACAUAAUCUAUAUCCAAAAAGGUCCAAACUGGUUGUAAAACUGUUUCGCUUGCUUCAAAUGCAAUUUUGUGUUCUUUCUCA